AUGAGGGUACUUCAUACAUAUCAAUGGAACACUAGCUCAGACCUUGCUGGAGAGAUGGCUGCUUUAGCUUCCUCAUCCAUUGUUUUUGAGGAUAACAAGGCUUACUCCCAAAAACUUGUACAUGGUGCCAGAACCCUCUUCAAGUUUUCCAGGGAUCAGCAAGGCAGAUAUAGUGCUGGUGGUGCCGAUGCUUCUAUUUUCUAUAAUUCCACUAAUUACUAUGAUGAGUAUGUGUGGGGUGCAGCUUGGUUGUACUAUGCUACUGGAAAUUCUUCAUAA